AUAGAUUUAGCAGAUACUAAUUUGACCAAUUUUGGGUCAGAACUUGAACGACAGCACCGCAAAGAGGAGGGUGAGCUUGAAACAGCAUGGAACUAUGAAGGGUCACCUAUUGGACACGAGAGUGGCAUGUGGAUAUGGAGAGUACAAAACUUUGGCCUUGUGUCAGUACCUGAAAAUCAAUAUGGCAAAUUCUACCAAGGCGACAGUUAUAUUGUCUUGAAGUCUAUUAAAAAAGAAAACUCAGAUGGUCUUGUACACCACAUUCAUUUUUGGCUUGGAUUAGAAACAACUCAAGAUGAAGCAGGAACAGCUGCUUACAAGACAGUCGAAUUAGAUGAUUUCCUUGACUCGUUAGCUUGUCAACAUCGAGAAAUUCAACGUAAAGAGUCAAGUUUAUUCCAGAGUUACUUUAAACGCAUCACGUAUCUUCAAGGAGGAUUUGCAAGUGGAUUCAAUCAUGUCGAGGAAGAGGAAUUCCAAACGCGUUUAUUACAAGUACAUAGGCCCAAGAGUUUGGAGGGCAGUCGUAGAAAUAAUGCAGUGAUCAUUUCGGAAUGCCCAUUGAGUUAUGAAAGCCUUUGGUCAGGUGCUGUUUAUGUGCUUGACACAGGCAAUGUGGUUUAUCAAUGGCAAGGAAACAAAGCCAAUGGUAUUGAGCGAGCAAAGGCAGCUGAAUUUAUUUCUCAGUUGAUUUCUGAACGAGAUGGAAAAGGAGAGAUGGUGAUUGUUGAACAAGACUCAGGUAGCCAUUCCAGAGAGUUCUUUGAAGCACUUGGUUCGGAAGGACCUAUUCGAGAUGAAGAAGAGGAAGAAGAACAAGAACAAGUUGUACCACAAAAGAGAUUAUUUAAACUAUCAAGUUCUGGAUCAUUUGGUUUUGGCCAAUUGAAGUUUGAAUUAGUCGCAGAAGACAAUAUUAGUAAAGACAUGUUUGAGAGCGAGCAUGUCUUUAUAUUUGACGUUGGUCAUCAAGUCUAUACAUGGAUUGGCAAACAAGCGAGUCGUAAGGAACGUCGCCAUGGGUUACAAUAUGCACAAGACUAUGUUAAAUCAACAAAUCGUUCAUCAUUUACUCCUAUUUGUCAAAUUGUCGAAGGAGGUGAAGAUGAAUUAUUUGAAGCUAAUUUAGAAGGUUGGCAAGGAUGGUAA